AUGAGUGAUAUAAGAUUUACAUAGCAAUCUCCUAAUCGAAAUUUUAACCCCAUGAAUUCUUCUAUGUAAUUCAUACCUGAUAUUAAUUUUGAAAACUAAUCUGAGGACUAAAUUUCUCCAAAAAAGGAAAUUAUGAAAAAAGGAAUUUUGAAGACCUUUUAUUAUUAGGAUAUCAAAAGAAGGAAGUUGAUAGGAUGUAACAUAUAUGUUAAUCAAAUGAAUGAAUAGUAAUUAUAAUUAUCUAAAAGAGGAAUUGCUUGUAGAAUAUGUAUGAGUGAGGAAGAGACUUCCAGAUUUAUUAUGCCUUGUGCAUGCAAGGGAAGCUUACAAUACGUACAUGAAGAGUGCUUAAAACUUUGGAUCCUUUAGAAAAAUGGGAUAAAUGAUGUAUUUCAGGACAGAAUUAAAUGUGAAUUAUGUUCAUAAAAGUUUAGUAUGAAAAUGCAGUUGCAAAAUCAUUUUGACAAAUCUAGAUUUUGGGAUGUACCAAAGCAAUAAAAGAUAUGUUGGCUUAUUUAACUAGUCAUGAUAAGUGCUAUAAUUUGUUCUAUAGUUGGUAUUGCUUCAUACUAUUAAGUGUUACUAAAAUUUGUAGGGUUCUCUAGCAUAGGUGUUGAUGCGGUCAUGACAAUUUUGAUUGUAUUGUGCUUAAUAGUGAUAAUUAAAUUUGGGAUGGGCGUGUUUCAAUUUCAUUUAGUAGAAAUGAUUGAGAAUUGGACUAUAAGUAACUACAGAGCAAGAAAAGAGACAAGAUAGGGUAGCAUCUUUUAAUUAUAAUCUUAAAUGGGAAAUAGUGGAAAUGAAAGUCCUUUGGCUAAGAAGAAAAAUGCGUAAGUUCAUCCGAAUGGACCAAAUGUCUUAUAGGUUGUUUAGAUCAGCUAAUUGAUUUCUAGUCCAAACAUAUCAGAACAAUGA